AUGACUCAUGUUAAUCUGUGCACUGAAGUCUCAAAUGAAGGUCCCCUCAAUGAGACGCUGAAACAGUUCUGGAAUCUCGAAAGCCUGGGUAUAAAGCCGAACGAAGACCGUGUCCACGAACACUUUGAAGAAACCGUCGAGUUUGAUGGAACAAGAUAUCAAGUAGAGCUACCGUGGAAGGAUCCACAUCCACCAUUACCAGACAACAGGGAUGUUGCUCACUCUAGAUUAUUGAACCUCUUAAGGAGAAUGUCCCCUGAGAUCCUGAGAGAGUAUGAUCGAGUGAUGAGGGAUCAGAUGAAACAAGGAAUCGUGGAACCUGUAACUCCCAUAGAGAAUGAGACUGAGGAGUCUACCAUCCACUACCUGGCACAUCAUGGAGUCAUACGUUGUGACAAGGACACAACCAAACUAAGGAUUGUCUAUGAUGCGUCGUGUCGAUCUCAUGGAAUCUCCUUAAAUGACUGCUUGUACGUUGGUCCUGCUCUUCUAGAAAACAUCCUUGACAUACUGCUGAGAUUCCGGUGCAAGCCUGUAGCCCUUACUGGAGACAUUGAAAAGGCUUUCCUGAUGGUUGGCAUAAAGAAGCCCGACCAAGAUGCCUUACGUUUCUUGUGGGUUCGUGAUAUUGAAGAUACCGAACUGGAUGUUGUAGAGCUACGAUUCACCAGAGUAGUAUUUGGCGUGUCGUCAAGUCCCUUCCUACUGAACGCCACAAUACACCACCACAUGUCGAAGGAUGGCGACUUGUCCUUCACAGAGAGAUUCAUGAGAUCUAUAUAUGUUGAUGACAUGACGGUCUGUUUCGACACUACGGAUGAUGCCUAUGACUUCUAUGAGAAAGCGAAAGCCAGUCUGCUAUCUGGAGGAUUUAACCUACGGAAGUUCGCCAGCAAUUCGGUGGAACUGAUGGAUCGGAUAAAGUCGACUGAGAACCUUAGAAGCUGUGAAGCCGAAGACAUUACUGAGAAGAGAGAGACUGAGUCAAAUGGCAGCGGUGUCGUAUCGGAAGACGAAUCCUACACCCAACACACUUUGGGUGCGACAUCUAGUGCUAGCUCAGUGGACUCCCGGAAAAUACUGGGAAUCGUCUGGAACCAUAUUGAGGACACGUUGGUGUUCAAUCUCGUGCUUGUUGCAAAACAAGCAAUGGACGUCAUCCCAACCAAACGAAAUGUCGUGAAACUAGCCUCAACCUUCUAUGAUCCACUUGGUAUAGUGGCACCAGCUAUCCUGAGGUUCAAGAUGCUGUUCCAAGAGCUGUGUCAAAUGAAAUCCGGAUGGGAUGACAUGCUGGAAAAUUCCUUACUUGUGAAGUGGAAUAACCUAGUGCAAGACCUCCAACGAGCAGCUAGUAUAACCAUACCACGUUGCUACUAUCCUAUGAGUCUACAUCAGAACUGUGAGUUAGUGUACAAAAUUCAUGGAUUUUGUGAUGCCUCAGCGAAGGCCUAUGGGGCAGUGAUCUAUCUUGUAGUGAUGUCACACAGCACGAGGACAAUCAGAUUCCUGGUAUCAAAGACUCGAGUAGCCCCUGUGUCCGGAAUGACAAUCCCACGUCUAGAACUCCUGUCAGCACUUGUUCUUGCUAGACUGAUUAGAACGGUGAAGGAAGCACUAAAGUUUGAGAUCACUAUUGAUGAGACAUAUUGCUGGUCAGAUUCUAGAGUUGCUCUGGCAUGGAUAAAAGGAGUGAAGUCUGAAUGGAAACAAUUCGUCCAGAAUAGAGCGAAUGAAGUACGUAAACUUGUACCAGUGGACACCUGGGGACAUUGUCCAGGCUCGAUGAAUCCUGCCGAUAUCGCCUCAAGGGGCAUGGCACUAGAAGAACUGUCACAGUGUUCUACCUGGAUUGAUGGUCCUUACUGGCUAAAACAGAGUGACACCCCAGAUAAUCCCGAUGUCCUCCCUGAAGAGGAUGACCUGUCACAGAUGGAUCUACCCAUUGAGUGCCUCGACGAAAUGAAGGUGAAGGCGAAGAGAGAGCUGGUCAUGCUGACCACAGAACAUGAAUUUCCUGCCAGAAUUGGAACCAUUAUGGAUAUUACUGACUUCAGUACACGGAGAUCACUUCUGAGAGUUACGGCCCUUGUGUUGAAAUUCGUGAGACGCCUGAGGAAGGGCCAAGUGACAGCAGAUGUCACUGCGAGAGACAUACAAGAAGCAGAGGAGUGUUGGAUAAAGGAAUCCCAGAGGAGUCUGUUGGAUGAUCCAUUAUUUCCAACAUGGAAAACUCAACUUGGCCUCUUUGAGGAUCGAGGACUCUUGAGAUGUAAGGGACGUCUGGAAAAGAUGAGUGCUCCUCAUUCCCAGAAAUACCCCAUCCUAUUGAAUAGGAAGCAUGAGUUUACGAAGCUGCUUAUCGUAGACUGUCAUGAGAGGACGAUCCACAGUGGGGUAAAAUCAACCCUGACAGAGUUGAGAUCCAAAUACUGGAUAAUCAAAGGGAGAUCUAUGGUAAGAUCCUUAAUAAUGAAGUGCGUACUGUGUAAGAGAAUUGAUGGACAGCCAUACAAACCACCGAUGUCACCACCAUUACCUGAAUUCAGAGUGACCGAGGCACCCCCCUUCACGAUGACGGGUCUCGACUACGCUGGACCACUCUACACGAAAGAUGGAGGUAAGGUCUGGGUCUGUCUCUUCACCUGUUGUGUGACAAGGGCAGUCCACCUUGAAAUGGUGACCGAUUUGACCACUGAUGCCUUCCUGAGAUGUCUUAGACGGUUCAUUGGGAGACGAGGGACCCCGUCCUUGGUCGUGAGCGACAAUGCGACAACCUUUAGGAAGGCAGCUAAGACAGUCGCCAAGAUCGUGAAUCAUGUGGCCGUGAAGACAUACGCCGCUAACAACCAGAUCCAGUGGAAGUUCAAUCUGGAGAAGGCCCCAUGGUGGGGAGGCUUCUUUGAGAGACUGAUUAAGACAUUGAAGAGGAGCCUGAAGAAAACUGUAGGUGGUGCUAAACUUACAGUUGAUGAGAUCCAAACAGCUCUAUGUGAAGUUGAACUCAUGUUCAAUACUCGACCGCUUACUUACCUGGAUACCAGUGAUUUGGAGCAACCCCUUACUCCGUCCCACUUACUCUACGGACAGAAGCUAAAUCGUUUCCCUGACUGCCAUGAAGAGAUGUCAACAGAGCCACGGGUAACCAAUUUAGAACUAUCGAACAGAUGGAGACACCUCCAGCUAGCCCUAGAUCAUGCUUGGAGUCGCUGGAAAAAUGAGUACCUUGCAGAACUACGAGAGGGACACCGAUACGGGAAGAAAUGUGAUCAUCCUCAGAAGAUUUGUGUCGGUGACAUAGUCCUCAUACAUGAGGAGAACCAACCACGUUGCUUGUGGAAACUGGCAAAGGUUAUCGAGUUGAUAACCGGCUCUGAUAAUAAGGUGCGGGGAGCUGUAGUGAAAGUGCAAUCAGCAAAGGGGAAGAUAACUACACUAAGACGUCCACUACAACGGCUUUAUCCCCUAGAGGUGUGUGCGGAUAUCUGUGCUGAAGCUCCUGAUGAAGCAGCUAGGGGAGAUAGUCCAGAGAUCUACCCUAUCGAUCAGGACUCGAGAGAAAGAAGACCAAGGAGAGCAACUGCCAUUGCUGCGGACCAAAGGAGAAAGUCCUGGCUUAAACUAUUAGUGUGA